AUGGCAGACACGACAACUAUAAUUACCAACGCCACCGCGCUAUAUGGCAAGAUCUCGCGCGCAUACGAUAACCUUCGGAAGCUCGGCGAGGCCAACAUCACACUCGGCGCGGUGGAAGCCCGGCUUCUGAAUCUCGACAAACUGUGGGAGAAGUUCGAUGCGAUGAAUGAUAUCUUGGCUGAGCGUGUAGACGAACUAAAACAUGACGCCUAUGCUAAACAAGACAUACCUUCACUCGGCGAGGAGUCUUAUCUAGUGAACAAGGGCCUGAUGUUGGAGUUGCGGCGUACUCUCCAGAAAAAGGAACGCGCCGCUGCUUCUGCUACUUCAGAGACAUCAACAUCGGCGCCUCGCACCACGCUACCUCGAAUCCAGCUGCCGACCUUUACGGGAAGAUACGAGGAUUGGCCGGCCUUCCGAGACCUCUUCGUUUCCCUCAUCGGCCAGGAUAAGACGACGAAGCCUGUAGAAAAAAUGCACUACUUGAAGAGCUGUGUCAAGGGCAAAGCAGAUCUUCUCAUCAGAGACCUCAGUUCUACCGAAGCUAAUUACGAACGAGCCUGGCAAACUCUAAGCGACUACUAUGAAAAUAAGCGCUUACUAACUCGCUCUUAUUUAACAAAUUUUUUAAGCCUGCCAAAGAUGAAGGGAGAAUCCGCUGCUGAGCUUAGGAAGAUAUUCCAUGGCAUCAAGACUACGGUCAGCUCGCUGACGAGCAUCGACCGGCCGGUAGGGAUUACUGAAGAUCUCUUUGUGCACCUCGCCGUUGACCUUCUCGAUAGUCGCUCUCGCCGCGAGUGGGAGACCUCCAUCAGUGAGACAAACGAACCUCCGCCAUACGCUCUGCUAGAGCGAUUCCUUGAGCGACGUCUUCACACUCUGGAGUCAUUACCCUCGACGAAGAUCGACGUCUCGCCCAACAAAACCGGCGGGAGUCAGUCGAAGUCGACUCGUACCCACCAUGCUCGUAAGCAGGACUCAAAAGAGCCCAAGGGAAACACCAGAGGACGCUGUUCAGCCUGCCAGGGUGACCACUUCGUGAUGCUGUGCGACACUUAUAAGAAAAUGACGGCCUCAGAGCGCAAGCAGCACGUCGAAGGCAACGACUUGUGUGGAAACUGUCUCGGCCGACACAAAAUCAAGGAUUGCGCCUCCAAGAAGAACUGCUCCGCGUGCAAUGACCGGCAUCAUACCUCACUCCAUGAUGCCUACCGCUCAUCUGAGACCGUCAAGACGUCGCACGUCAGCAAGGGACCGUUUCCGACGCCUGUAUCUGUACUUUUGGCCACGGCGCGCGUUCGCGUAUGCGAUCGCUAUGGUUUCUGGCAGUCAGUUCGCGCCCUCGUCGACCAAGUGUAUGGAGUCGGCGGGAAAAAGACAGGCGUCUCAAAGGGUAAAGUAGUACUCACCCUCCAGUCUCUUAGUGGCUGCCCUUCCAUCACCGUCCACGCUCUGGUGCUGCCGAAGCUGACCAUCUACGCCGGCGGCUACAACGGCGGCGAGCAAAACUGGUCUCAUCUUCAGGGUCUGGAACUCGCGGACCCUGAUUACCGCUCAGCUGAUCCGGUUGACAUCCUCCUUGGCGCGGACGUUUACGGUUCAAUCCUCUGUCAGGGCCUAAAAAAGGGAAAUCGACAUGAACCAAUAGCUCAACAAACUACGCUCGGCUGGAUACUGUCAGGCGUUGUUGGUGAGACGACUACCGGACAUCACGUUCACACUCACCAAUGCCAAAUUGAAGACGACGUCUCUAUCCUGGUGCGUCGCUUCUGGGAGCAGGAGGAGCUUCAACGGCCUUCACAACUCUUUUCUAAGGCUGACCAGGAGUGCGAGGAUCACUUCCUGCGACAUCACACUCGUACAGCCAACGGUCGAUAUGUGGUGAGACUGCCGACGAUCGAGCCUCUGCCUGACCUCUCAGCCACUCGACGCGCCGCCAGUCGGGCCCUGCAACACGUCAGCAAAAAACUAGAACGAGAAAGCACCUUCCGCAGCAUGUACGUGGAUUUCAUGAAGCAAUACUUGGACCUCAACCAUAUGAAGCCGGCUCCCCUGUCAACUACUGGAUCUCUACAACGAACCUGCUACCUUCCUCACCACGGGGUCCUGAGCGAAAGCAGUGCCUCUACUAAGUUGAGAGUGGUCUUCAACGGUUCGAGCUCCUUGGCCAACGGCGACUGUCUCAACCGAUUUCUGAUGACGGGACCCAACCUGCUUCCCGCCCUAGCUGACAUCCUACUACGGCGGAGAAGGCACCGAGUGUAA